CACGUUGGCAGCCUAAUGAUCAGCUUCGAUUGCCUGGCCUAACGUCGCGAUAUUGUGCUGGAAUCCCGUCGCAGCCUCACCCGUCAUCUGUGAUUUCUGUCUCGGGAAGUCCUCCAGGUGCCCAAAUAUCCGCCUUCUCCCGCCCCUUUCGCCGACCGAGCAUACUUUCCUCCAUUCCCAACCACCCGCCGCCCCUCCUUCGUCAGGUUGCCCGCAUAUCGCGACAAGGGCCCGAGAGCCGCCUUUCACGAACAUACCGCUGCUGCGUUUCCGCGCCCCGUCUCGAUCCCCAGUUCGCCCUCACCCACCUCGGCCCUUGGCAGCGGUCAUAUCUUAAUUCAUCCCGCGCCAUCUCCCUGCCGCCCAAGCCGCCCUCCCGGCGCCUCGCCCGCGGGCCUCCCUCGGUGCAGGCCCGAUCGUGUGCUCUGAUUCAGAACGCGGCCGCCGCCCCCAACCAGCAGCCCAUCUCAGAGGCCACCAUACCGGUGCCCAACACCGGCAGAUAUGGCUCCCCCGAUUACGGGGAGGGGGCUCUCCAUUCCGUCUGGGACCAAGAGUGAAGAUAUCGACGUCACCUGGAACUACUUGCAGAAUGGCAUAAAACGGAUCAUGAACAACCUGCAGGAUGGCAUGACCAUGGAAACGUACAUGGGUAUAUACACUGCCGUGCACAAUUUCUGUACUUCACAAAAGGUCGUGGGCUUCCCCCAACAAGCGCAACCCGCUGGAGCUCACAGAGGAGCUCACCUUCUCGGCGAGGACCUCUACAAGAAGCUGAUCGGGUAUCUGACGUUGCACCUGGAGGACCUGCUGGAAAAGUCCAAGGCACACACGGGCGAGGCCCUCCUCAGCUUCUACAUCAGAGAGUGGGAUCGAUACACAACCGCCGCCAAAUACGUUCAUCAUCUCUUUCGGUACCUGAACCGACACUGGGUUAAGCGCGAGAUCGAUGAGGGCAAGAAGCACAUUUUCGAUGUCUACACCCUCCACCUGGUCCAAUGGAAGAAUGUCCUGUUCGAGAAAGUGCACGGCAAGGUCAUGGAGGCCGUCCUGAAUCUGGUCGAGAAGCAGCGUAACGGCGAGACGAUCGAAUACGGGCAGAUCAAGCAAAUCCUCGACUCCAUGGUGUCUCUGGGAUUGGAUGAGAACGACGCGUCCAAGACGACACUCGACUGCUACCGAUUCCACUUCGAGAAGCCCUUCAUCGCCGCGACCGAAUCCUACUACCGCAACGAGAGCCGCGCCUUUGUGGCCGAGAAUAGUGUGGUCGAGUACAUGAAGAAGGCGGAGAUGCGGCUGGAGGAGGAGGAGGAGCGAGUUCGCAUGUACCUGCACCCUGACAUUGCCGUGGCGCUGAAGAGGUGCUGCAACCAGGCCCUGAUUGCCGAUCAUUCGGGCAUCUUGAGGGACGAGUUCCAGGUCCUGCUGGACAACGACCGCGAGGAUGACAUGGCGCGGAUGUAUAACCUCCUCGCCCGCAUCUCGGACGGUCUUGACCCUCUUCGGGCCAAGUUUGAAGCACACGUUAGGAAAGCCGGGCUUGCGGCCGUGGCCAAGGUGUCGUCGGACGCGGAGAAGCUUGAGCCAAAGGUUUACGUCGACGCCCUGCUGGAGGUGCACACACAGUACCAAGGCCUCGUUAAGCGAGCGUUCAACGACGAGCCGGAAUUCACACGAUCGCUGGACAACGCCUGCCGAGAGUUUGUCAACCGCAACGAUGUCUGCAAGUCCGGAUCUAACAAGUCGCCCGAGCUCCUGGCCAAGUACACGGAUGUGCUCCUCCGCAAGAGCGGCAGUGCUGUCGAGGAAGCGGAGCUGGAGGCGACGCUCACGCAGAUCAUGACGGUGUUCAAGUACAUCGAGGACAAGGACGUGUUCCAGAAAUUCUACUCGCGCAUGUUGGCGCGGCGUCUUGUUCAUAGCAACUCGUCGUCGGACGAUGCGGAAACGAGCAUGAUCAGCAAGCUCAAGGAGGCGUGCGGCUUCGAGUACACCAACAAGCUGCAGCGCAUGUUCCAGGACAUGCAGACGUCCAAGGAUCUCAACCACGGAUUCCGGGAUCACGCACAAAAGUCGGAGCUGAAGCUUCUAGACUCCCAGUACGCCAUUCUGGGCACGGGCUUCUGGCCACUGCAACCGCCAAACACGAGCUUCAACCCGCCGGCCGUAAUCCACCAAGACUGCGACCGCUUCACGCGCUUUUACAAGAACAAGCACGAGGGCAGGAAGCUUACUUGGCUGUGGCAGCUCUGCAAGGGCGAGCUCAAGGCUGGCUACUGCAAGAGCAGCAAGACGCCAUACACUUUCCAGGUCUCAAUGUACCAGAUGGCUAUCCUACUCAUGUUCAACGAGGAGGACACGCACACGUAUGAUGAGAUCGCGUCAGCGACGAACCUCAACAGCGAGGCCAUGGACCCGUCCAUCGGCGUGCUCGUCAAGGCCAAAGUUCUGCUCGCCGACAACGAGAAACCCGGCCCAGGCACGACCUACAGGCUCAACUACGACUUCAAGAGCAAGAAGAUCCGUAUCAACCUCAACGUCGGCAUGAAGACUGAGCAGAAGCAGGAGGAGCUGGAUACUAACAAGCACAUUGAAGAGGACCGGAAGCUUGUUCUCCAGUCGGCAAUUGUCCGGAUCAUGAAGGCGAGGAAGCGGAUGAAGCACAAUCAGCUCGUCAGCGAGACCAUCGCACAGAUCAAGGGCAGGUUCGUGCCUCAGAUCCCGGCCAUCAAGAAAUGCAUCGAGAUUCUCCUCGACAAGGAAUAUCUGGAGCGCCUCGAGGAUGACGAGCUGGGCUACCUUGCCUAAAAGUGAUGCCGACACGACUGUGAUUAUCCGGGUACUCCAAGCCGACACCGGGCUAGAAUUCUAGUUGCCGGAAUAAGAUAGCCACAUAUGCGGUCUGCAAACAAAGCAUGCCGGUGGAAGGGAAAGCGCUCCCUGGCCUGACAACCCUUGUCGACAACCAGCAACAGACGGCUCGGCUAUCUCGCUCGGGAUGUUGGGGUGAGGACGAGGGGCCCAGAACAGCCUGCCUCCAGAGGAGCGGAAGGUGGCUAACAACUACACACUCGGAUAUGGGAAAAGACAAAUCAUACCGACUGACGCGGUGCUUGUUUUUUUAUACUGGGUCUCUCACGGCGAUGCGGCGGUGUUUGUAGUGCCCAUCGACUUGGGCAUUGUGUGGAUAUAGGACCGCUGGCAGAUGGUCAAAAGUCUGCGGCUCCACGACGCGGAUGUCCUUUUUUGCGUUUUUUUUCUCUCACUUCGUUUUUGUUUGUUGCUUUAUCUUAUGCACUUUCCACGACGUCUGUGGGAGCUGUGCAUUGGGGCCACAGAUCGGUUCCAGCCUGGGAGGCCCGCCUAUAGAUGGAAUGCGAACAGGAAACAUUGGAGCGAGUGCAGCGGAUAUGCUCGGUGGGCAGGCAGGCAAUAUACAUAAAGGAGCUUCGGCUCUAACAUAUCGCUCUGGGGAGACAUCUCUAGGUAGCUAGCUGCUCCCAGAAACCCUCGUCAUGAAAUAAUCUGCGUAU